AUGCAGCGUCUCUUCUUGUUUGCUCCGUUGCUCCUUCUGUACUGCACCCUUGUCACUCUUGCUGUGACAGAGCACCACCGCUGUGUGUUUGACAGAGUGUCUGUCAAACUUGGAACUUCUUACGAUCUAAGUAAACAGGAGAAGGCUCGUGAUCCAGUGAGUGGAUCGUUGCAAACUUGGAGUACCGAAGCUCCUUCAAAGAGAGAAGAACCUCAGGAAGGAUGGGAACCGAUUCGCAUUAAACUUGUAUUUGAUAAUUUGAAGAUGGCUGGACAUGAUUGUUCUGAAAAUGUUAAUAAGAAUCCGAUAAAAACCUUAUUGAACACUGAAUUUAAUUGCACCGAUCAUGAUAUCUUGACAGAAGAGAAAAAGAAUAUUCUUGUUAACGAGAUUCUUCCUGAGGCAAUUAAUCUGCACAAGGAACGCCUUUUGGUUAAACCUUUGAAGGGUCCUAUUGUUGUGCCGGAGUUCUCUGAUCCUCAAGGUCUUUGCUCCAAGUUCAUACCGAAAGAUCAUAAAACCAGGAGUGUUUCCGGUUAUGACAUGGUGCUGUACGUUGCUGCUACACCAACAACUGAUGGAGCAUUCGCGUGGGCGGCAACAUGUGCCAAAUUGGAUUCUGAUGGUCGUCCAGUUAUUGGGAUCAUUAAUUACGGUCCACGGUAUAUUGUGGCCACACCACAGCGUGUCCGCGUUGCUGCUCAUGAGAUUGCCCAUGCACUUGGCUUCAAUUUCGAGCUGAUGAAGAUGGAUAGGUUGGUGGGUGAGGAUGAUCGUUUGAGCGAUAAGGCAGAUGUUUUUGUUGUUGCCUCCAAAAACACGCGGAGAGAGGUCAUGGACCAUUAUAACUGUAAUUCUACGAAAGGUAUGGAAUUACAAAGUGUGUCAUUUGUGAAAGUAAGAAAGGAGCCAGAGGGAGCUGACGGUAGAGCGCGUGCUCGUGCAUCGUCUAUGCCUGCGGCACAAUUACAAUCAACUAUCCUCGCUCAGGUUGCAAGUGUACAAGAGGAAUAUGAGUUGGGAGAAUCACACAGUAAUGUUAUGGAUGGUCGUUUUGCAGGGAGGGACUCUGUUGGCAGUGUUGUGCAAGAGAGACCUGAAGAAGAGGGUUCCAGUGCUGCCAAGUUUACACAGAAUGUACAUCAUUCAUCAAAUGUCUUCUCGACAAGACGUUCACUACACGUUCAAGCUGCAAUGAUGGCAUCUGAGAGCAAAUGCGCAAAGGGACAACCAGUGGAGACUAUGGCGGGUGAAACAGAGUGUAUUGUUGAGGCACCAAUGUUUAUUCCAAACCACGAAAAUAUGAUGACACGGUCGCACUGGAGUCGUCGUAUUGCAAAGGAUGAGUUAAUGGUUGGUCUCGUCGGUGCUGGUUACUACACCGCAAUUACAAUGGGAGCUUUCGCUGAUCUGGGCUACUAUAAAGUUAAUUGGACAAUGGCAGAGCAGAUGAGUUGGGGCAAUAACUCUAACUGUGAAUUUUUGAAUAAUAAGUGCGUUAACAGCGGGGAAACAAACUUCCUCAACAUGUUCUGCACAACCAAGAGCGAUGAUAUCCCUGACGCUCCUGCAGGACUACAGUGCACAUCUGAUCGCCAGUCAAUGGGAAGGUGCAGCAGCAUCGAAUCAAAAACAGUUAAGGAUCUUCCGGAGCAUUUCCGAUACUUUUCGGAGAACAAUAAGGUUGGUUCAGAUUCAUCUGAACAUAUGGAUUACUGCCCGUUUAUUACAUCAACAGAAGGUUACAGCUGCAUCAAUGGUGUGCAGAGCCAAAUGCCUGGAAGUGUAAUUGCUAACAACUCACGUUGUGUUGAGGGUAAUGAACUAAAGGCUGCAAAUGCAGCAGUUGGUGCCGUGUGUGUGGAGGUGUCUUGCAAGUUCAACAAGGUAAUUGUGCGGUACAGUGGAAACAAUGAGUGGUACAGUUGUCCUGAAGGAAAAAAUCUAACUGUGAAUGGGAGUGUACUGCAGGGUAAAAUUGUGUGCCCCAAAUACGCUGAUGUGUGCAAUACAAUCAACAAAACUCUGGAUGAAUCGGAAGGUCCAUCAAAAGACCCAGACAUUGUUGAAGAAGUCCAAACAAGUCAACCAGAAGCCGCUGAGGCCACUGGAACCCCCAAACCAACUGAAAGUGCUGCUGGUAACCAGGGAGUGUCUGCACCUGUGGUACAAAAUGAGGCAAGUACGACCACAGAAUCAAAACCCAGUGAAACUAAGGAAGAAAACAAUACCUUAUCUGCGAGUGGGCAGAAUAAUAAAACUACUGCGAAAAAAGGCACUGAUGGUUCUUUUAAAGCAUCUGCUGACGCGAGUGUUAUGUUUGUUUUCUUGACACUCUCUAUGAUAAUGUUGCCAUGA